AUGUGUAUCAAAAGCCCCAAAAAUUACUCCAUUUACUCAUUUUUCUCAUCAAACAGGUUUGGGAAGAGAAAACAAAGCCAUUCUCCAUCAUCUUCUUCUAAGCUUUAUUUUCCAUUGAUGAGCACUCCAAAAAAUCAGUGUCUUAACGCGCUUGAUAUAGCAACAACAACCCCUGUUGUUAGAGGAAAUGACACUGAUCAACAAGCUUUACUUCAGUUUAAGGCCAAGAUAACAGGUGAUCAGCUCAAGAUUAUGGAGUCUUGGAAUAGUUCGAUUCACUUCUGUCAGUGGCGUGGUGUUACAUGUAGUCGCAAGCAUCAGAGAGUCACCAAGUUGGAACUGCAAUACCUCGAAUUCUCGGGAUCUUUAUCACCGUACAUCGGAAACUUGAGCUUUCUUAUGGAGUUGAGUCUAGCGGGCAACAGCUUCUACAGUGAGAUUCCUCAUGAAAUUGGUCGUUUACGAAGACUGGAAACAUUAAACCUCACUGAUAACUCCAUCAAUGGUAAAAUUCCUUCCAAUUUACCAGCUUGUUCUAAGCUUACAAUUGUUGAUAUGAGAAGCAACCGGCUAACAGGAGAAAUACCUGCUGCGUUGGGUCUCUUGUCAAACCUGAAAUUCUUGAGUUUUUACAACAACAGUUUGAGAGGCAAUAUCCCACCAUCAUUAAGGAACAUAUCAUCUUUGGAGAAACUUGGUUUGAGUUUAAACUCGUUAAGUGGGAUUAUACCUGAAGCACUUGGACGGUUGAAAAACCUUUCAUAUUUGGUCGUAGGCCAAAAUGAAAUAUCUGGGCAGCAUUCCUUCAAGUCUAGGCAAGUGCUAAAUGUUGCUAUAUUUGGAUCUUUUGGCAACAAUCUUAGUGGACAAAUACCGUCUCAAGUCCUUCGGCUCCCAUCCUUGACCAUUUUACUUAUCUUCAAACCAUUUAACUGGAAGAAGAAAGAGAAAAAUCCAACACCAAUUUGUGCGGAAAAUUCACUUUUACAGUUAUCAUACCAAAACCUCCUAAGGGCUACUAAUGGAUUCUCCACACAUAAUUUGGUUGGUUCAGGGAAUUUUGGUUCUGUAUACAAAGGAAUUCUCGAAGAGAGUGGAGCAACUAUUGCAGUAAAGGUGCUUAAUCUUCUAAAUCGUGGAGCUUCGAGGAGUUUCUUGACUGAAUGUGAGGCCUUGAAGAACAUUCGAUAUCGUAAUCUUGUCAAGGUAUUAACAGCCGUUUCGGGGGUCGAUUACAAAGGCAAUGAUUUUAAAGCCUUGAUUUAUGAGUUCAUGGAAAAUGGAAGCUUGGAGGACUGGUUGCACCCGUCUAUCACCAUGAAUGAACCGGAGACUGUAAGAAACUUGAACUUCAUCUAG